CUCGAUGGAAAAUAAUUCGAUUCACGUCAUAUCAACAUCUAUAUUGCAGUUUUUUUUUUCACGAAUACUUUUACAAGAAACCCUAAACUAAUGAAGCUAGAUAAAUUCUCAUAUGAUAAAUUAUUUUUUCCCCUGUUGUAUUUCCAACGUGACACUUGAUUGUACCAAAACACAAAUUUGUAUUAACCUAACAUAGUAAUUGAAGAACAAAAUACUCCCUUAAAUAGUCCCUUGGUGCAUCAUAAACAAAUGGCCCAAAACAAAUCCCCUGAAGAACAGGAAAAACAGAGAAAAUGAGAACCAGAAGAGAAGAGGAGAAGCAGAUCGAGGAGUAGUGCCGUGGUUUCCAAAUUGAGAAGAAAAUCGAAACCGGAAUUGGGAUAGAAAUGGAGGGAGUGAUGAGUUUUGUGAGAGGGGUAAUAUUCCAACCGCCGCCGUCGUUGUUGGUCUCCGCGAUGUCGGUGGUGGGUGUAGUCUCCCUGGGAAACGCCGGCUUGUCGGAGCUCCGAGGCAACCACAUGAAGUAUUCCAAGUUCGCCGCCCAACCAUCCGCUUCUACCUCGCCGUCGCCGUCCUGGUCCUCCCUCCCCAGCAGAACCGGGAUGCUUGUGGCCUACACUCCGGCAUUCCUCGCCGCCUUGUCCUCCCUGCUCCUCCUCCACCAUGGCGGUGACGGAGCUUCGUCUUCUAGGCUCUUCCUGGUCGAAUCCGCCCUCGCCGUACAUUUCUUCAAAAGGGUUUUCGAGACGCUGUUCGUACACAAGUACAGUGGCACCAUGGCCGCAGGCACCGCGAUUCCGAUAAGCGUAAGCUACUUCAGCGUUACGGCGCUCACAAUCUACACCCAGAUUUUGACGCAGGAGGCCCUGCUCCCAGAGCCAGCCAUGGAUUUGAGGCUCUACGGGGUGGUUCUCUUUCUCAUCGGGAUUGCUGGCAAUUUCUAUCACCAUUACUUACUCUCCAAGCUGAGAUCCUCCGGCGACGAUGGCAAGAAGAAAGAGUACAAGAUCCCCAAGGGUGGGAUGUUUGAGCUGGUGAUUUGCCCUCAUUAUCUGUUUGAGAUUCUGGGCUUCUAUGGUAUCGCCCUCAUCUCUCAGACGCUCUAUUCCUUCUGCGUCGCGGUCGGGACAAGUCUCUACCUGAUGGGAAGGAGCAAAGCCACAAGAGAGUGGUACCUCUCUAAGUUUGAUUAUUUCCCUCCUCAUGUCAAGGCUCUCAUCCCCUUUGUUUUCUGGAUGAUCAAUCAGUGUGAGUGAAAUUAACUGAGGGUUAAUCGUAUUUGCUGAAAAGCUCUGCUCAAAGAUGAGUUGAACAAAUGAUAGCUCUGACAAAGGAUGAACGAGGUUUGAGGUUUAAAGAAUGGAAUGAAGCAUGUGCGGUGAGGCAUAUUUGGACUAUUAUAUUACUGAGAAUUAUCAGUGUAUGAAAAUCCUGAACAACAGGUACGAGCUUCUAUGGAAGCAGGUGUCAAUUCUCAGGAAUUCAGUACUAACCUGGUUAAUCUCGCAAGAUCCAGUCAAUACAUUGGACAAAAUUCAGAAAGUGCAGGAAUAAUUGUUUUUAUAAGUGUAAUAUAAGUUUGGUUUUUAGUUGUGUGCUACUUGAAAGAUUUCAUCAUGUGAUCUACAAGUUUAACACUAAUGAUGAUAUUUCUAAUGGACUUGUUCGCAAUGUAAAGUGUGGCUAUCACAUUUCUUUAGUUGUGUAUAUGUUCAAUAAGUUAAGUUAUGAAGGAAAUAUUCCAUGCUAGUUGGCAAUGCUCACUAGUCACCAGUAGCUAAGGGAAGCGUAUUUUCGCUCGAUGUUUCGUCAGAUUUGCCUAAUGUCCUCUAACAUACAUACAAAGCUUAUCUUCGUCCAAUCUUACGAGAGUAUCUCUUAUCUAUUAAGUUUAGAUACCAAUUAUAAUUUGAUUAUGGGUAUGAGUAGAAACACAAAUCAAUAGAGUAAAAAUCCAACCCAAGCCAAAUAAAUGAGUAUGAGUAUAUUCCAAUGACUUCUUCAACAUAUGAGAGUAUCAAUUAACACUCAGUUGGUGUUACCCCAAGCUUACAUAGAGCAAUCAGUACCGAGAAGGCUAAGGAUUUGGGUUCCAUGAACAACCACCCUAAGUGGCUGGAAGGACCGAAUGAAUCAUUAUGAAGUGGAAGGUGAUUAUGCUUGCCGCUAGAGAUGUCAUUUCGCUUAUUAUCUUCAAGUUUUUGUUUGGGUAAUCGUGGAAGGUGAUUAUGAAGUGGUUAUUUAGCAGUUUUGCCAAGGAGUUAUGAUGGAUUUUUUAGGAGGGCUCUUGCCUCGUGAUUAUCUUCGGCUUUUUGUCGCUAUGUCUAUCUGUAUAGAAUUCAACAGGGUUCCUCCUCCUCGAACAGCAAACAUGGCUGCCCAUGGAGUAGCGUGUAAGGCCCUACUAUUGUCUCUUGAGUUAGUUUCUUUCAACUUUGUAAGAAGGCUUCAUUGUGGUGUUACUUUGGGAAGAUUCCUGAGUAGUUUUUAUUGAUGUACUUUCUAUUUAUCUUUCCAUUAGCUGGAAAAUAGCUUUGUGGUAAUUUGUUCUACUAUGUUUGAUUAGUGCUAGAUUCAAGUAGGGUUUGAAUGUAAAUGCAGAUACUUUUUUGAUGAAAUAAAAUUUUGCUCAUUCA